AUGCCUCAGCAAAUUAUAUGCGGUGUUGCUGAAAACAUCAUUAACAAGUUGGCUUCCGCUGCUUUUCGUGAAUUUGGACGGAUUUAUGGUGUUAUGGAUGAACUGGAAAGGCUUAAGAGUACUCUUGACUCCAUUAAAGCUGAGAUCCUGGAUGCCGAGGACAAGCAACAACAAAACCGUGCCAUACAGAUCUGGAUAAGAAGACUCAAAGAUGAUGUGCUUCAUCCUGCUGAUGACUUGCUAGAUGAAUUUCUUAUUCAAGAUAUGAGACACAAAACUCCGAAGAACAGAAUGACAAAGGUACUUCAUUCCUUCUCUCUAAAUAGCAUUGCUUUUCGCCACAGAAUGGCUCAUGUGAUUCAAAAAGUACAGAAAAAGUUUGAUGAUAUUGUAAAAGAUAUGGCUGGGUUGAAUCUAAACCCAAACAAUGUGGUGGUUGAACAUAGUAAGAAUGUAAAGAGGGAAACUAGUUCUUAUGUGUUACAAUCAGAUAUCAUUGGAAGAGAAGAUGAUAAAAAAGAGAUUAUAAGCUUGUUGACGCAAUCACAUGGAAAUCAAAAUGUCUCUGUGGUCGCUAUUGUUGGGAUUGGUGGUUUGGGAAAGACAGCUCUUGCUCAGUUGGUAUACAAUGAUGUUGAAGUGAAAAAUAUUUUUGAAAAGAGUAUGUGGGUAUGUGUCUCUGAUAACUUCAAUGUCAAAACUAUUGUGAAGAAAAUGUUGGAGUCAUUAACCAAAAGCAUAGUUGAUGAUAAGUUAUCGUUGGAAAACAUGCAGAAUAUGCUUCGUGACAAUUUAACGGGUAAGAAAUACUUGUUAGUCCUCGAUGACAUUUGGAACGAGAGUUUUGAAAAAUGGGCUCAGUUGAGGACUUAUUUGAUGUGUGGUGCUCAAGACAGUAAGGUUGUAGUGACAACUCGUAGCAAAAUUGUAGCACAAACAAUGGGUGUAAGUGUCCCCUAUAUUGUGAAUGGUUUGAAUCCAAUACAAUCUUGGAGUUUGUUGAAGAAAAUUGUUACAUAUGGGGAUGAGACUAAAGCAGUGAAUCAAAUUCUUGAACCAAUUGGAAAGAAGAUAGCAGAAAAGUGCAAGGGUGUUCCACUAGCAAUUAGAACGUUGGGAGGACUAUUACAGGGUGAAAAUGAAAAAAAGGAAUGGAUUGAUAUUUUACAAGGUGACUUUUGGAAAUUAUGUGAAGAUGAAGAAAGCAUCAUGCCAGUGUUGAAACUAAGUUACCAAAACCUGUCGCCUCAACUCAGACAAUGUUUUGCUUAUUGCUCUUUAUAUCCUAAGGAUUGGGAAAUAGAGAAGGAUGAGUUGAUUCAAUUAUGGAUGGCACAAGGUUAUCUUGAAUUUUCAGAUGAAAAACAGGCCAUGGAAGACAUCGGUAACCAAUUUGUGAAGAUUUUCUUGAUGAAGUCAUUUUUCCAAGAUGCUAAACUUAAAGAUGAUGGCAAUUUAUAUAGUUUCAAAAUACAUGAUUUAAUACAUGAUCUCGCAAUGCAUGUAGCCGACACUGAUUGUUGUUACCUUGAUAGUGAGACAAAAAGACUUGUUGGAAGUCCAAUGCAUGUAAUGUUAGAAAGUAAUGCUAUUAGUUUGUUAGAGAGAUUGAAGGCAAGCAGGGUGCGAACUUUAAUUUUAAAGAACGACAUUUCUUGGGAUUGGAAUGAGAAGGAAUUGUCCGUUAUAUCAAAAUUCAAAUACCUUCGCUUUUUGAAGGUGUCAUAUUGUUCUAUAAGUAAGCUGUGUGAUUCAAUUGGAAAUUUGAAGCAUUUAAGAUAUCUUCGGUUACGGCAUUGUAUAGGACUAGAAGGCAUUUUCAAAUUCAUACGUAACAUUGUUUGUCUUCAAACACUAAUAUUGGAAAAUUGGGAGAUAGUUGAAUUUUCUACAAAAUAUGACUUAAGUUUAAGCAAUUUGAGACAUCUUCAUAUUGAAAAUUUUAAAGCAUUUAAAGAGAAGAAGACAACCCGUGGAUUUGGGAAAUUAACGCUGGUGGAGCGCUAUAUGGAUUUAAUUUUUUUCAAUCACCUUUCUUCACUCACAAAUAUUGUUACAAUACUUCUUUUUGACUGUGAAGGUGUUCAGUAUCUUCCAACAAUGGAACGCCUCCCGUUCCUAAAGAGUCUUAUUAUAAUUAAGCUUCAUGAGUUGGAGUACAUAAAUUAUGAAGAGCCUCUUUUGUCUGAAGAAUUCUUCCCAUCUUUAGAGACCCUCGUAAUUUCUGGAUGUGAAAAGUUGAAGGGAUGGUGGAGGAUAAGGAACGAUAACUCUUUACAAUCAUUUCAUCUGUCCUUUUUUCCUUGUCUUUCUUACUUAACUAUCGUCGAUUGUCCAAUGUUGACACACAUGCCUACUAUUCCAAACCUCGACCAGAAAUUGUAUUUCAGUAAUACUAAAAUGGACACAUUGGAAGCAACAUUAAAUAUGGUUAAAUCAAAUUGUUCGAUUGAAUUCCCUCCACUUUCCAUGCUAAAACAUCUGUUUCUUGGCGGACAUAAGCUGGACGUUAAAACACUUCCAAAUGAUUGGAUGCAAAAUAUGACUUCUCUCAAGCAUCUUGUUUUUUAUGAUCUUCCAAAUCAAACAUUUCAAGAAAUUGAAAUUUGGUUUAAGGACAGACUCAACUAUCUUCCUUCCUUGCAAAAGAUUGAAAUUAGAUGUUGUUCUGAUCUUGAGACAUUUCCAGUUUGGAUUUGCAACCUUUCUUCACUUCAACAUGUCACCAUUGACUACUGUGAAAUUUUAGCUUCACUGCCCGAUGGAAUGCCUCGUCUUACCAGCUUACAGACCCUUGAAAUCAUUAACUGUCCCCUCUUAAUGGAAGAAUGCCGGACAGAAACAAGUGUAACAUGGCCCAAAAUUGCUCACAUCCCAAACAUAAUCUUAAAUUGA